GGGACGAGCUGGCGAGGCCUGGCCCACUCGACGACGACCGCGCCCUUCAGUUGACGAAGGCGCUCGUCGCGGCGUUCGAGACCCCGUGCUUCAAAGAGCUGCUCCACCAGAAGGGCGGGUGGGAUUUCACGCGCGCCAAGGAGUGGCCCCAGGACCCGGUGGAGUACGGCGUCGGCUUGAUCGACCGAGACCCGGAGGACAAGGAGGAAUAUGAGUUCUGGGAGCGGAUCGCCAAGAAGAACUUCAAAGUGGAGACGGACGGGAAGAAGGACCCCAUCGCCAGCAGAUGGCAGCGCGCCCUCGAGGACCCCGAGCGGAAGGCGAAGUAUGAGGCGACGCUCGGACGGAACGCCAAAGCGAACUUCGGAUCAGCUUGGGCGAAGGAGAGGCACGAGAAGUGCACGACCACAUAUGUCAAGCAGACGGAGGAGGUGAGAUCGCUCUGGAAAAAAUCUAAAUACCUGCCCAUCGGCAAGAUCGCCGUUGAGCUCGGCGGCGGGAAAGCUGGCUGGAUGAUGGCGAGCAAGUACGUGUGGAAGACGAUGAACAUGGGCCCCCCCUGGAUCAUGUACGACGAUAUGUGCGAGUCGAUCUUCAGCCUGUUUGUCGUCCGUGGGCUCACCGAGCAGUUCACGACGACAUGGAGGAAACACGAGGAGUGGGCCUCUCGGAGCGACGCCCAGGUGUGA